UGACGCCAUAUGGUAUUAAUGAACGGUUCGGUCUGGUUUAACUAAAUGAAUCAUCCUAACCGGAUCACCUAUUGGUCCGUCCGGUUUGGACAACGAAGCCUCCGACGGUCCAACCUGAGUCCUGACCCUCACCUUAUCCCCUUGGCCCUUCCUCAAAAUAAGAACUACGGAGAGAUAAAGGCUUCAUCUGUAAAGCAAUGCAAACAGAGCAAUGUCGCUCACAUCUUCUCUCAAUUCGCUCACCAUCUCUACCCCUUUUCUCCAUGGCUCUACUCCUCUCUCCCGCUUCUCCAGAUCCGCUCCAUCACUCCCUCCAUCAAAGCCCUCCACAUUCGUCCUCCCAAUCCGGGCAAUGAGGUCGAUGCAGGGCCGGGUCGUCGCCUCCUCCGGCGACAAGACGGUGGCGGUGGAGGUCACUCGUCUCGCCCCGCAUCCCAAGUACAAGAGAAGGGUCCGGAAGAAGAAGAAGUUCCAAGCCCACGACCCGGACAACCAGUUCCAAAUUGGCGAUUUCGUGCAGCUCGAGAAGAGCCGGCCCAUUAGCAAGACCAAGACAUUCCUCGCCGUGCCGUUGCCUGUCAAGGUGAAGAAGGAGAAGAAAGAAGAAGGCGGCGAAGAGGGUAGUUCCUCCGACCUUGGGAUUCCCUUGGAGUCGCAGCAACAGGAACUACGGGCUUAGUAUUGCGGCUGAACUGAUUUUCCUUUUUCUCUUGUGUUGUAAGCUAAUUCCUUUGUGUAAUUCUGAUGAUACGAUGAGGCUGUGAUAUUACUGUUGAUUCUAUGUCAUUGGAAUGGAAUGUGUUUUGUGAUGUGAUGGGUUUGCAUAAUUGGUUGAUUUUGUCAUUGUGGGCUUCAGUUUGAUUGAAAUUGCAUGGGUUUGGUUAAGCGUUUGUUCAAUGCUCAUGAUGCCUGCCAGAUGUUUGACGUUAUGCCUCUGAAAAAAGGUCCUGCCCUUAACACGCCAUUUCCGCCCUAUGGAAAACAGUUAGCUGACUGAACACCCUCUACAACAAGAUAUACAUGAUCAUAUAUUAACCAUAGGUUAUACUGUCUCUUUUUGCUUGACCAGUAGGGUCAAAUAGAUUCUAUCUCUCUGUACUGAUCGAACUACCUAUUCAGCAAAACUGAAGUACUAAACUUUAUUAACAUUC